AUGGGCCAAAUUAGGGGAUGGAACAUUUUGGUGAUUUUUUUCAGUGGGACAUUUUUGGGGUUUGGUUCAGGGGGAAAAUUACGGGAUUUUUGUUCAGAGAGAAAUUUUGAGGGAUUUUGUUCAGGGGCCAUUUUGGGGGCCUUCUCUUUUUUUGUUCAGGGGCCAUCCUCUUCAGUAUCUUCAGUAUUUUUAGAAUUUUGGAAGGUCAUGAAGCCAAAUUUUUUCAUUUUUUUUUUCUCAAAUUUAUGA